AUGUCUAUGGAAGAUGAGAUCACGAAGAGAUGGAGCUCCCUGAAACUUACAGAUACAGAACAACAGGAGCUGCUCUUACCGGAGGAAGACAUAUUGUCUUCCAAGCUGAGAGGCAACUCAUGCCUCCUAGCUUCUAUACUAAACGACAGAACGUCAAACCGAGAAGUUUUCAAAAACACCAUGGCCAAGGUAUGGAACACCUCCGGAUGGAUAACCUUCAAAGAGUUUGGCCCCAACAAAUUCCUACUGGAGUUCCAACUUCUGUCCGACAAAAAGAAAGUCCUGCAUGGCAGGCCCUGGUCCUUCGACCGCCAUCUGGUAUGCCUCAAGGAGUUUGAGAGUGACCUGUCUCCCUCUGAAGUCGAGUUCAAGUCAGAACCCUUUUGGGUACAAGCUCACAAUCUCCCCUUCGCAGGCAUGAACAGACAACUAGGAGAAAGGAUAGGGGAAGCGAUUGGUAAGGUCCAUACGGUGGAAGUAGAUGAUCAGGGCCAUGGGUGGGGAAGCUACCUAAGAAUUAAAGUAGACGUGGAUGUAAACAAGCCUCUGGUGCGUGGCAGGAUGGUAAACUUGGGAGGCAAACAAUCCUGGUCACAUUUCAAGUACGAGAGGUUGCCCAACUUCUGCUUCAAAUGCGGCCUACUCAAACAUGUUAAUGGAAAAUGUCCCAAUUUCGAUCCAUCAAUCCAAUCCCAAGAUCAGUACGGGCAAUAG